AUGGACGACCACACUGGGGACCCAGAGACGGAAGAUGGAGAGGUGGAGAGCCUGGCCUCGCGGCUGUCCGGGGUCAAGGCCAGCUCCGUCCCCCAGUCCCCGGUGGAACCCGCGGAGCCGGAGCCGGUGACGAAGACCGUAGAGGCUUCGGAGGAAGGCGCCGCCGCGCCGAAGCCGGCCAAAUCCCAGGAAGGGCUGGCGGUCACCGAAGCUGCUGGCGAGGAGGGGCCCGGAGAGCUUGAGAGCCCAGCCGGGGCCCAGGAGGAAGCCGCGCCAGGGGAGCCACGGGAGGCCGGGCCUGGGGAGCCAGCCGAGCCGGAGCCCGAGGAACCCGAGGGGGCGGGAGUGGAGGAGGAGGGCGAAGAGGCGGCGGCGGCGGCGGCGGCGGCGCCCGGGAGGAAGGAAGUCCCGUCGCAGAUCUCCCUGCAGCAGACCGCGGCCGGUAAGGAAGAGGCCGCGGCAGCCCGGGGCGCUGAGCGGGAGGGCCAGGUAGAGGAGGAGGAAGAGAGCGAGGCGAGCGAGGAGGGGCUGGAGGCUCGGGUCCCCCAGAAAGACGAGGACAAGCUGAGAAACCUGGGCGAGGGGCUUGGGCUCGAGCCUUGCGACUGGAGCGAGGAGGUGCAGAAGCAGCGGGAGCAGCAGCUGCGCGCCGAGCUUCUGGAGCAGUACCGCGCCCUGGUGGCGGAGCGCGGCCGCCACCAACGCUACAACAUCUACCUGCAGCACAAGAUCUUCGAGGCGCUGCGCAAGAAGAAGGGUGUGGAGGCCGCCGCCGAGGCGCCUGGAGGCGACAGGGGCGCGGAGCCCGAGGCCCCCGAGAAAGAGCAGGCCUACCUCCGCCAUCUGGCCGUCCUGGAGGACCUGCGGAAGCAGGAGGCCGACGACCUGCGCUGGUAUCACCACGAGCUGGACCAGCUGAAGCUGCAGUGCCAAGAGAAGGUCUCCCGGGUGGACAAGGAGUGGCGGCGCUUCCAGGCGCUCAAGAAGCAGGUGGUGAUGCAGGCCAUGGGCAGCUGCCGGAUGAGGGGCGGCCGCCAGGUCGCUCUGCGAGAGGUGGAGCAGAUCCAGGCGCUGGAGGAUAAGAAGGAGAAGGAGAUGAGCGCAGUGAGGCUAGAGAACGUGCAGCUGAAGCAGAGCCUGGUGCAUUUUGAAACCAGGAUGAGGACCCAGGAGGACCUGACCGAGGGCCUGCUCCUGAUAGACUUUGAACAGCUCAAGAUCGAGAACCAGACCUUCAACGAGAAGGUCGAGGAGCGGAAUGAGGAGCUCCUGAAACUGCGCGGCAAGGUGACCAACAACGUGCAGAUAAUAACUCACGUGAAGGAAAAGUUACACUUUGUGGACAUAGAAAACACGUGUAAAAAGGCAGAGCUCAUGGAGAUUGAGGCUCAGGUGGCCCGGAAGAGGGACAUCUUGACCAAGACUAAGCAAGCCCGAGAUGGCCUGCGGCUUGACAACAUCAGGCUGAAUCAGAAGUGUGGGCUUCUGGGCAAGGAGUCCCUCCUCCGGGACAUGGAAGAGAAGGUGGACAGGACGGAGGUGCUCAACCAGCGCCUGGCGAGCCUGAAGCACCACCACGCCGGGCUCGUUCUGUCCUGCAGAGGCGUGAAGCAGAAGAUCAGGGAGGCCAAGGCCUUUCUGCCCUCCUGA